GCACGCAGCAUUCCUCCCGUAGCCCUGGCGCAGCGCACAACCGCAGCAAUGUUUUCCUGCAGAGCGGCCUGGCAAAGAUGUGGGCCUUUGGCACGGAAAGCAGCCUACAGGUUACCUAGGGAUGUGGUCCAGAGGCGGCAGAUGUCAUCGGUUCCCGGCGGGUCUGGGGAGAAUAUCGUCUACGCCUUGCUGUGCGGUGGGGCCUUUGUUGGGGCCGUCUCAUACGCAUACAGCACUGUGAAAACAGACCACGCUAGGUUCAAUGACCGUGUUGCCGAAAUCUAUGGCAGACCCAAGUCUGAGUGGGUCCCUAAACCAUGGCCACCCAAGAGUAGGGAUGAGGAUGAAGAGGGAGGUGAGGAAGAAGGUGCCGCCGAGGAAGCCGGUGGAGAGGAGCCUGCUGAGGAGGUCGAGGCUGAAGUUGAGGCUGUAACGGAGGAGGCAGAUUCAUUGACGGAGGCCCAGGCAGAGACUGUAGUUGAGGCUGUUGCCGAGGCGGUUGCCGAGGCCGCUGAGGUGGUUGCCGAGGUGGCCGAGGGCACCGCUGAGGUCGCAGCAGAGGUGGAGGCUGCAGCGGAGGAAGUGGCCAAAGUGGCAGAAGCUGUGGAGGAGGCUGCCCAGGAUUUGGCGGAGCCAGCUCCUGCUGCUGAGGAGACCGCCGCCGUGGAAGCCGAGAGCAAUGUGCUGCUGGCAGCUGCUUCUACUCUAGAGGUACCAAACGUCGCUGAGGUAAACGGGGGGAUGAAACCUGCUGCUGAAGACAUGAAGGCAGUUGAGCCAAUAAAAGAGCCCCUGGCACCUAUUGAAGUUGAGUCGCCACCAGCAGAAUGCCCUGCUUUAGUCAAAGUGACAUCAGUAGUAGAGGCUCCCACACCUGUUGAGACUGCUCCAGUCGAAGAAGCUACUACAGCUAUUGAGGCUGCACCAGUCAAAGAGGCUCCCGCACUUGUUGAGGCUGCACCAGCGGAAGAAGCACCUGCAGUUAUUGAAGCUAUGCCAGUUGAAGAGGCUCCCGCACCUGUUGAGUCUGCGCAAGUUGAAGAGACCCCUGCACCUGUUGAGGCUGCACCAGUCAAUGAAGCUGCUACAGCUGUCGGGGUUUUGCCAGUCGAAGAGGCUCCCGCACUUGUUGAGGCUGUGCCAGCUGAAGAAGCACCUGCAGCUCUUGAAGCUGCGCCAGUUGAAGAGGCUCCCACACCCGUUGAGGCUGCAUCAGUAGAGGAGGCCCCCACACCUGUUGAGGCUGCACCAGUGGAAGAGGCCCCCACACCUGUUGAGGCUGCACCAGUGGAAGAGGCCCCCACACCUGUUGAGGCUGCACCAGUGGAAGAGGCCCUCACACCUGUUGAGGCUGCACCAGUGGAAGAGGCCCCUGCACCUGUUGAGGCUGCUGCACCAGUGGAAGAGGCCCCCACACCUGUUGAGGCUGCUGCACCAGUGGAAGAGGCCCCCACACCUGUUGAGGCUGCGGCACCAGUGGAAGAGGCCCCUGCUCUUGUUGAGGCUGCUGCACCAGCCAAAGAGAUCCCCGCGCCUGUUGAGGCUGCUGCACCAGUCGACGAGAUCCCCACACCUGUUGAGGCCACUGUACCAGUUGGAGAGGUCCUGUCAGUAGUUCAGGAGAUUGAAGUUGCCCCUGUAAUAACAGAAGAGGCUCCAGCCACACCGCUGAAUGUUGAAGAAGCCCUCACAGAAGAAACCCCUUUAACUCCAGAACCUGUUGUUAAACAAGCUGCCCUUUUAGAAGAACUGCCAGUGGAGACACCUGAUGAAGUGACAGCAGUGGCACCUCUUGCUGAAGAGCCAGCCAGCAGCACAGUUUUGGAUGAAGUUAAAGCCAUAGAAGGCACUGUUGUUGAAAUUGCUAGUCUUAAAACAGAAGUGGCAGCACCACCUGCAGUUUUCGAUAAGCCAACUCUAGCUUCUGUGGGGACUGUGGCAGAAGAUCCCAAGAAAGAGUACAUUGUUGUGGUGCUGGACGGAUCGCCCAAAACAGACACAAGGCAUAAGGUGCUGGGAGUUGGGCCGCUGACAGGCAGACUCAUCCCAGCCCCAGAUGAUGAUAAUGAAGUUCCUUCCACUGAGGUAUCAGGGCAGGCGGCGACUACUUAGGAUGCAAAUGCAAUAAUUCCGGCUAAGAGUGAAAACAACUCCUGAAAGAUGACUUUCUACCACGCAGAAGAAGAGGAUGUGCCUUUUAACCAACUCUCUCUCCCUUUUCCU